AUGUCUGGAUCGGGGGAGCUGGACCCCCCGGCGGAAGUGCGCGCAGAGGAUCCUGGAGCUCACCAGCUGGCACAACAAUCCGACUCGGAGGACCAGUUUACCGAUGCCCAGUCUGCACCAGAAACCCCCACUGAGGGGUCUCCCGUGCCGACGACACGAGUCGAUAGGGUCGACGACGAGCCCGCCGACGGCGAAGUCCCUGGUACCGACUCCUACCAGCUGAGGCAGGCAGACGCAAAGCCCGACCAGAUCGCCGUUCCUCGCGAAGAGGGGGGUGAUGGAGAUGACGACGAGCCGAGCCCCACAACUCCAGCAGCCACCGACAUUCCUAUUACCGUCGUCCAGGAGGCUCCAGGGGAGACGCCCGGCGAGCACGAGCACGAGCUUGAGCACGAAGCGGACGCAGCACCCAACAUCACGCUGAGUCUGGGAGACGACGCAGCAUCUGUGCUAUCGUCGUUAGCCGCCCCCGCUCCCACAGGCCGGCGAAGACGAUCAUCAAGAACGUCGAGGUCGUCGGUUAUGGGCGACGAUGAUGAUGCAGACGACUUUGGCGACGACUUUGACGAUUUCGAAGAAGGAGCCGAGGACGACGACUUUGAUGACUUUGAGGACGGUUUCCAGCAGCCUGCGCCAGCAGCGGCAGCGCCAGCCAUCCAACAGACGAUGCUGCCAUACCCUAUACCCGACCUCAGCGGCCUGGACAGCGACGCCGUCAUGACCACGACGGAGGCAUACCUAGCUAGCCUGUUCCCUCCGGAGGAGCUAGACGUGACGCAGCUUCCUCCUUUGUCCAAGGACUCGUCGGCCUUCACGACACCUCGCUCCGCCUCGCUGUGGUCGCAGCUCGUUGCGCCCCCGCCCCUCGCCCCGCCCGACUGGAUCCGCUCGCGCACCCGCCGCUUGUUCCUCGUGUCGCUCGGCGUGCCCGUCGACUUGGACGAGAUCCUGCCCGCCUCGAAGCAGAAGAAGCUGAUCCUCCCCUCCCUCAACAUCCCCUCGUCCGCAUCGCCGCGCGGAUCGAGUGACUCCCGCCCCGCCUCGCACACCCAGCAGGGCCAGCAGGGCGACGCCAACGCCUCGAGCACCUCUGUCGACACGCAGGGCAAGCCCAGGGUCAGCGGGAGGAGAAGGGGUCCGGCGCCCCCGCCGGAGCUGGACAUGGCGGCCGCCAGGCUCGUGUGCACCACCACAAGCGAGGCGCUCGACGGGAUGACGGAUCAGGAGCUCCAGGCGCAUGUCAAGAGACUCGAGGGCCUGCAGGGCAUAUCCAACGAGGCGCUCGAGUACUGGAAGAAGAGGACCGACGAGAAGAUCGCCGAAAGAGAUACUUUUGAGGGCGUCAUCGAGAACCUGGUCAAACAUGCACGUAAAGUAAGGAAAUAA